GGGUAUUUCUCUUCCUUUCCCCUUCCCUUCUCCUCCCAUCGAUCUUCACGUGAUUUCCAGAAAGGAGAGAGGCUGUUUGGUGCCAAUGGCCCCGCCUGGGCUCCGGGGUAAGUCCCACCUCCUCAGUGUGAGUGCCUCUAGGCUAAAGGACAUUUUUGUGUGACCGGAGCUGUUGCUGCUGCUGCUGUCGCUGCCCUGCCUUUCCCUGUCCUGCGUUCUCAAGGUGUAGGAGCUCAGAUUGGGAAGUACCGGGCAGGCAGGAACAAAUGGCAACAGCUCAGGAAGACUUGCAGCUGCUUCUUGAGAUAUUACUUGAGGAUAAAAAUAACAGGCAAAUACAAGAAGAAUUGAAACAACUAAUACAAGAUCCAAAAAAUGACAUACAGAAGAGCAUUGAUGAAAUGAUAAAAACAAAUAUUGAGCUCGAGAUGGAGAUUAAAAAGCUUGAAACAGGGUUGCAACAACCUUCAUUAUUUUAUCUGAUUCAAAAGAAUAUUCCUGAAAAGAAAAUGAAGUUCACAUCGGCGGAGAGCCCUAAGGAUAACAGUCAAUAUUCAAAUAUCUCCUGUUCAUUUCAAGUAACUACACAACUUGAAUAUGAAUUGCAGCAAGGACAAGCACUUAUCACCUUUGAAGAUGAACAAGUUGCACAGAAUGUGAUAAAAACAGGAGAACAUCUUGUAGAGCUUGGGAAUGAGAAGGUGAAAUUGAUAGCCAAAGCUGUCCCACUCAAAACAGGUGUAAGUCUUCAGGUUCACACAAAGAUUUCUAAGAAGAAGAUUGAUGUUGCUGAAAUACCUGAUAUGCUAUCUGAAGAACAAAUGAAAGACAAAUUGGCACUGAGUUUCAGUAAAUCCCAGUAUGGGGGUGGAGAAGUAGAACAUGUAGAAUACAAUAAGAAUUCCCGAACAGCUGUUAUUACAUUCCUUGAGAAUGGAGUGGCUGAUAAUGUUCUCAAACGCAAGGAAUAUCCUCUUUUUACAAGUACCAACUGCUGUCAUGUUAAUGUUUCCCCACACAUGGAAAAACAUGUAGAAAAGCUACAGGUGUUUUCUGGAAUUUCUAAGAGGACUGUUCUUCUGAUAGGACUUAAUAUUCAAGGAGAUGAAGAGAGUAUAGAAGAUGAAAUUCAUAUUCAUUUUCAGAAAGAGUCAAAUGGGGGAGGAGAUGUAGAUAUUGUCAAAUGUGCCCUCAAAGAACCUCAAAUAGCAUAUUUUGAGGCUGAUCUAAAUCAGGGGUCCUUAAUCUGGGGGCCAUGAGCUUAUUCAAAUUUUUUUGAGAACUCUAUUUCAAUAUAAUUGGUUUCUUUUGCAAUCUCAUGCAAUUUAUGCAUUUAACAUUAUUCUGAGGAGGAGUCCAUAGACUUUACCAGACUGCCAAAGGAGUCUUGUAAUCCCCACCUAUAAAAAAGCUUAAGAAUCCCUGAUUCCUGAGAAAGCCAUAUAAGAAAUCAUAGCUGCUGGGAACAAAUUUAAUUUGUGCUAUAAAUACUUACAUUUCUUUGAUGUUCUUUUCUUAAAAACAACAAAAAAUAACUUUUUAGUUUCUGCUUGCUUUUAAAAUAAAAAAUGUAUUCCUUUAGUUUUUGUAUUCUAAUUUGUUUCCAAAGACGUUGGAUACUUCAGAAUUCUGAUCAGUGCAAUGCCAGAGUACUGAAGAUGAAGCAUAGUAUUUAAUACCUAUCAGAGAGGUGAUGGGCUCAAAAUCCAGAAUGAGACAUACAUUUCUGAACAUGGCCAAUUUGGGAAUUUAUUUUGCUUUAUGGUAAUGCUUAAUUGCAUAUUUGCAAUGAGCUUUUUUUUUCUUUCUCUUUUUUUCCCCCUUAAAUGGAGAAGGGACAAUUUGGAGGUAGGGAAAAUAAAUGUUUGUUAUUUGAAAAAGAUUAAAUUAGAUUUUUAAAAGAUACUGAAUAAAAGGUCCUAAUUAAAAUAUCA